UCGCAGUGAGGCAGUGUACACUCGCGUGUCGUGAAGACAAUACUCGGUUAAAUUGCAAAAUGACUAACUACGCGUUUAAUAUUUUGUGUGUCUCUUCUAUUUUCCUUUUGGUGGUCAUGUCCAGCGCAGAUGCGACUCAUCUCGUCAAUGUUCAAGUCACGGAUUCGCGAAUUGUUGGCGGCAAAGUGGUCAAUAUUAUACAGUACCCACACCAGGUCAGUCUACGUGUUAGGAAUGCCUCUAUAACGGGAGACCCCUACGACCAUUCAUGUGGUGGCAGCAUAUAUUCUGAUCGUAUUGUCGUAACGGCAUCACAUUGCGUUGAUCAUAAGGAGAGCAACGAACUUAUGGUUGUUGUAGGCACGAAUCAACGCGAUGGUGCUGACGGGGUAAUAGUACCGGUUAAAGAGAUUCUGAUGCACGAAGAAUAUAAUGAAGAACUUGUGGAUAACGAUAUUGCUUUGUUGGUACUUGCCGCUGCGUUGCCAAUAAAUAAUUUCACUAUUAAACCAAUUGAACUGAUCGAGGUGCAACCGCAACAUGGAGAAAUCGCUACAGUAACCGGUUGGGGCGUAGACGCUAAAGGUCGGAUUCCCGACUUCUUGCACGAAGUGCAAGUGCCGAUUGUCAGCAAUGAGAUAUGUGACGAACGUUAUGCGGGUAUAAUUACAGACGCUAUGCUGUGUGCCGGUUUGUUGGAUGUUGGCGGCAAAGAUGCCUGCCAAAUGGAUUCAGGAGGACCGCUCUUGGUUAAUGGAAAACUAGCAGGUGUGGUAUCAUGGGGAAUCGGUUGUGGGCRACCUAAAUAUCCGGGCGURUACGCGAAUAUUUGGUAUUUAUUGCCAUGGCUGCGGGUGACUAUCGCCGAGGUGGAAGAGGCGCUUUUGAAGGAAAAUAAUUGAAAAAAAUCAAUUUAUAAGAAUGUGUAUUUUUCAAACAUUGUUGUAUUUAUUAUAAUAAAUUGG